GGACCACCCAGCUGGCAAAAUAUCUUUGCCAGAACAAUUGAACUGGACGGAGACGCCAAUCUGCCAGUUCACCAAGAACUCCGGCGGCCGCGCGCCGGUACGUGACGUUCCCGGCGACCGGCACCCCGUCGAUCGAUGAUUCGCUGCCAGCCGCAGCUGCCCAGCCCAUGGACCCCUCCCGCUCAUCCAACACCCUCGGGUCGAGAAGCUCUCUGACGCUCGGGGAACUCGCAUGCAUGGCAUUGUUCCCGGUGCUCGCCGUGGUGGACGCGGUCGCCCUCGCCGCCGCGCACUGCUUCCAGAGGCGCCCGCCCGCCCUCCGCGCCCACGCGCGCCAGCGCCAGCGCCACCGAGCCAGCGGCCGCCUCACGUUCCGUGAGCUCGCCGACCUCGCCGACGAGUCAUGCUGCUUCUCGGUGAACGAGGUGGAGGCCCUGUACGAGCUGUACAAGAAAAUCAGCUGCUCCAUCAUCAACGACGGCCUUAUCCAUAAGGAGGAGCUGCAGUUAGCUUUGUUCAUGACACCGUCAGGCAAGAAUCUGUUCUUAGAUCGGGUUUUUGAUCUUUUUGAUGAAAAGAAAAAUUCUGUUAUUGAAUUCGAAGAGUUUAUCCAUGCAAUAAGUGUGUUUCAUCCAAAUGCUCCCAUGGAAGAUAAAAUUAAUUUUUCCUUCAGAUUAUACGAUUUGAGGCAAACUGGUUUCAUUGAGCGUGAAGAGGUGAAGCAAAUGGUUGUUGCUACUUUAAUGGAGUCACAGGUUGAGCUGUCUAAUGAGCUUGUCGAAGCGAUACUAGACAAGACAUUUGAGGAUGCUGAUACCGAUGGGGACAACAGGAUUAGCAAGCAGGAGUGGAAUGCUUUUGUAUUGCAGCAUCCAUCUGUUAUAAAGAAGAUGACGCUGCCUUCCCUCAAGCACACUACGUCAGCGUUCCCCAGCUUCGUUUUCAACACACAAGUCGAAGACUAGUGUGAAGCACAUUAGGUGGUGCAGGACGGUAGCCUUGCUCAGAACAGAAGAUGUACAUUCUCCAGCUCAACGAAAUACACCUAUGUCCACCCACACGAUCUGCCGCAGGAGGCUGGCAAUCUCAGUACUCGCUGUUCGUAAUUGUCAUGUGUAGCACGUUCGUUCGUUAAGUCUGCUCUCUGCCUUCUGUGUAUAAAUCAGGCAGCGACACCUUCUAGAGCCAUUCCUUUAUUAGAUGGGUAUUCUUGCAAGUGUUUUGUUGUGUUGCCUCAGAUUGUAUUCCCAUAUUAUAACAUUUUAAGGGCUUAUUUGAUUUAGGGAUUUAAAAAAAUGCAUGGUAAGAAAAAAAGACAUUAUAGUGGCACAUCCUCUUGAAUUCUAC